CUUUGAGUUUCAUUGAGCAAUGCACUAACAGAGACAACAUAGGCAAACAACUGCCACCCUCACCAUGAAAAUAGAAGGUGCCUCGGUGGUCCUUGCUCUGGCUUUUUUCUGCUUCUUCUCAGAUGUUGCCAGCCAAGCUUCAAUUAAGAAUGAGUGCAUGAAAAUUUGGUCACUUUUGCGCAGCGGGAAGUUUUCCUGUCCCACCAACAAGGAGCCCGUCAGCAGCCCGGAUGGCAAAGCAGACCUCAACAAGUGCCUGAUGUGCCAAAGGCUGCUGGAGAGAGACUCAAAAAACACAGGGAGUGGUGGAGAGGCGAACAGGAAUGCGAACUCCUUGGAGGAGGAUGACUGCCGAGAGUUUCGCGAUCUGUUCAAGAAAGGGAAGCUUUCCUGUACCAGAGAAAAUGACCCUGUCCGGGAUUCCUCUGGGAAGCAACACAGCAAUAAGUGCAUCAUGUGUGCAGAGAAGUUCAAAAGGGAGAAUGAACGGAAGUUAUCUAAAAACAGACAAGGAAAAGAUAAGGACGACUGCAGUGAGUAUCGCUCCCAGUUUGAAGCUGGUGGACGACUGUCCUGCACAAGGGAAAAUGACCCUGUUCGGGAUUCCUCUGGCAAGCAGCACAUCAACAAAUGUCUCAUGUGCGCUGAGAAGUUCAAAAAGGAAGCCCAAAGAGGAGGUCAGUCUGGUGGCACUGCCCAGCGCAACAAACCGCUCGGUUCAGAGAGUACAAACCAGAAGAGCUGCGGUGGUUCAGGGUCACAGCAGGGUGUGAAUGAGAGACGUCCCUUCUCAUCGAGCAGAGGCCCACAAGGAAACGCGGCUCAGAGCGGUAGGAACUGCAACCCGGCACCAGGUCGCAAGGCGCAGGACAGCGAUGCCGAUGCCUACCAGCUGCUGGACUGUGAUCGAAUUCUGCACGGGGUAAAGGGUGGAAGGAUUUUCUGCAGCAAAUCCUCACAACCAGUCUGUGGCACUGAUGGGAAAACAUACAAAAAUGAAUGUGACUUGUGUUCAGCUGCCAUGAAAGCUUCGAGCUACAUCACGGUAAACUAUCGAGGUGAAUGCCGAAAGCCUGCCCCUGAAGUGAAUUAAUGAAGUUCAGACUGCCAGCAAACACUGGGGAUCAGCCGUGACCAAAGGGCAAGUAAAGGAAGAGUUGAUGUUGAGCAUCAGGGGAGCUGCCAAGUCCCCAGGACUGCCAGAGCUGCCUUCAUCCCCUUCUGCAGUGAACGGGGCCUGUCCUUGCUCAGGUGGAGGGCGAAGGGCUGUGGGGACCCAGCGGUGUCUUCCCAGGUCUGCCCCAUGCGUGCCGUUGCGGUUUCUGCUGCCUUGCUGUGUCUUAGUGUGCUUCUACAAUAAAGAUAACUCAGCA